AUGGAAAUUAACAACGAUCAAGAGAUAUCAACGGCUUCUAAUCUUUUCGAGUAUCUGAUGGGCAGAAGAUAUGAAUCAUAUGAUUCGGACAGGAUUCGUGAAAUCACGUAUCAGAGAGACAGUCGAGGUGGAUUUAGCGCUGAUUGGACGCCGGCAAAUGAACAGGCCCUGUUCUCUGCGAUAAUUUGUCUCAUAAGAGUCUUGUUUUUUAAUAUGAUCGCGAAUCUAAUGUAUGAGCUGAAUUUAAUUCUCGGAGAAGAUCUUCAUCAGCAUAAUGAUGGUUUGUCCGAUGAAACUAUUGAUGGAUAUUUGAAGGAGAGGAAUUUUAGCCGCGUGGCGGCGCCGAAUGAAGAAACGCAGUUGUGCAUUGUAUGUCGAGACAAUCUUCGGAAGGAAGUCGAGACUAAGGAGAUCGCACCGCUUGAAUGUGGACACUUAUAUCAUGUCGAUUGCAUAAAGAAGUGGCUUCGACUCAACAAUACUUGCCCGCUCUACAGAGCUAUCUGUGUGAGUUCGUAA